GGUCCGCGUACGUGACUCUUUUACUUUGUCCAAAAGAGGCGCAAAAAUUGCACGAAUUUUCUCUCUCUGGAACUCUCUUUCUUUCUUUCUUCUACCUCGCUUCUUCUCUCUUACUCUUCACGUCAAGAGCUCGUGACUUAGAAUCUAGGGUUUUCAGAAUUCACAGUAGAAGGAGGAGAAAGGUUGCUGCUGUUGAAGUAGCUGAAGAGUAAGCGUGAUCUUCGUGUAGUUUGUUGUUGUUCAAGAACUAACAUGGCGACGAUGGAGAGCUUGAUUGGUUUGGUUAACAGAAUUCAGAGAGCUUGCACCGUUCUCGGCGAUUAUGGCGGCGCUGACAACAACGCCUUCUCUUCUCUCUGGGAAGCUCUUCCCUCAGUAGCCGUGGUUGGUGGCCAGAGUUCAGGAAAGUCUUCGGUUCUUGAGAGCAUUGUUGGCCGUGACUUUCUGCCUAGAGGAUCAGGGAUUGUGACAAGGCGUCCAUUGGUGUUGCAGCUUCAUCAGGUGGAAGGUGAUGCACAAGACUAUGCUGAGUUUCUUCACAUGCCUGGGAGAAAGUUAACCGAUUUUGCUCUAGUGCGUAAGGAAAUUCAGGAUGAAACUGACAGAUUGACAGGAAAGACGAAACAAAUAUCCCCUGUUCCGAUUCAUCUUAGCAUUUAUUCUCCAAAAGUUGUCAACCUAACUUUGGUUGAUCUGCCAGGGUUGACUAAAGUUGCUGUAGAAGGACAGCAGGAGAGUAUUGUUCAAGACAUUGAAAAUAUGGUCCGAUCUUACAUUGAGAAGCCUAAUUGUAUUAUACUGGCAAUAUCUCCGGCCAAUCAAGAUAUAGCAACUUCUGAUGCUAUUAAAAUUGCAAGGGAAGUGGACCCAUCAGGUGAGAGAACAUUUGGAGUGUUGACAAAGCUGGAUUUGAUGGACAAAGGAACUAAUGCAUUGGAUGUCCUUGAAGGAAGAUCCUAUCGUCUGCAACAUCCUUGGGUUGGUAUAGUAAAUCGAUCCCAAGCUGAUAUCAAUAGAAACGUUGAUAUGAUUUUUUCUAGGCGCAAGGAGCGAGAGUAUUUUGCCACCAGUCCUGAGUAUGGACACUUGGCACAUAAAAUGGGUUCAGAAUACCUUGCAAAACUUCUCUCUCAGUACUUGGAGUCGGUAAUUAGGGCACAGAUACCUAGUAUUAUAUCUUUGAUAAACAAAACCAUCGAAGAGCUGGAAGCAGAGAUGGAUCGUAUUGGGAGACCAAUUUCUAUGGAUGCUGGGGCUCAACUAUACACCAUCCUCGACCUCUGCCGUGCAUUUGAACGGAUAUUCAAGGAGCAUUUAGAUGGAGGGCGGGCAGGAGGAGACAGGAUAUACAAUGUCUUUGACAAUCAGCUUCCUGCUGCUCUACGGAAACUACCAUUUGACCGACAUCUUUCUCUUCAGAAUGUGAAGAAAGUGGUGUCAGAAGCUGAUGGUUACCAGCCUCACUUAAUUGCCCCAGAGCAAGGGUACCGGCGCCUGAUUGAAGGGGCUCUGAGUUACUUCAGAGGUCCAGCUGAGGCAUCAGUUGAUGCAGUUCACUAUGUCUUGAAAGAACUUGUGAGGAAAUCAAUAGCUGAAACCGAGGAACUAAAGCGUUUUCCAACUCUUCAAGCCGAAUUAGCUGCUGCUACAAAUGAGGCUUUAGAGAGGUUCCGUGAAGAGAGUAAGAAGGCAACUCUACGGCUUGUGGAUAUGGAGUCUUCAUAUCUCACUGUGGAGUUCUUCCGGAAACUUCCUCAGGAAGUGGAGAGAGCUGGAAAUCCACCUAAUUCAGCUAAUCCACCUAGUUCAACUAAAUCCGCUAAUCCAGCUGCACCCGAUGGGGAUCGGUAUGCUGCCCCAAAUGUCGAUCGUUAUGGAGAGGGUCAUUUCCGGAGGAUUGGAUCAAACGUGUUAUCUUAUAUUGGUAUGGUGUCAGACACACUCAAGAACACAAUUCCAAAGGCGGUGGUUUAUUGUCAAGUUAGAGAAGCAAAGCUGGCAUUGCUAAACCGUUUCUAUGUACAAAUGGGGAAGAAAGAGGCUGAACAGCUAUUAAAUUUGUUAGAUGAAGAUCCUGCGUUGAUGGAGAGGAGAAAACAGUGUGCUAAAAGGCUCGAACUAUAUAAGGCAGCAAGGGACGAAAUUGAUUCUGUUUCUUGGGCAAGAUGAGGAUGCCUAUUUCGCUGUCCCCAUUGCCUUGUAUUAUAUGACAUCGAUUGUUUUUGUAUUAUUAUUUUUGAUAGCUCAGAUUAUUCUUAGGGGUUAAUGUGGUGAGGUGACGAAUAUUUAAGAUGAAAUUUAUAUAUUGUUUUAUGCCUCCUACAUUAUUAAGUGACCUACGAGAUUUGUACGAACUACUUAAUUCUAAACUCCCACUAUUCAUUGACAGUAAA